AUGGACAGGUUGCACUCGUCCAUGCGUAAAAGGCUCUACAGUUUGCCACAGCACAUCGGUCAGAAAGCCUCGAUAAUGGGCGAAGGGGAAGAGGGAGACAAGGACGCCCGGAGGAAAAGCAUCCGGAUGAAGCCCCUGCCGUCGCCGACCUCUGGGGGAAGCUGCAAAGGCAUUGGGGAGAGCAAAAGUGGGGAAUCGGCGAUCAUGGAGACGGACAUUGGGAGACCCGUGAAGACCAGCUCGAACGGAGACUGUCGGAGAUUUCGCGGCAGCCUCUCCUCCAUCACCAGUCGGCAUGUGCACGACUCCGACUCCGCGGAGGAGAGGCGCCUCAUCACCGAGGGGGAGGUCACCCCCAGCGAGGAGAGCCCCACCGGAGCCGUGGGCGGCGGGCCGGACCAGGGCGCGCAGAGAGCCGGCGGCGGCGGCGGUGGCGGCGGUGGCGGCAGCGGCGACGGGACCCAAAAUGGUUCCCCCGACCAGCCGGCGGGCUUCGUCAAACUGGAUGGGAUGGAUCAAAUUCUGCCGGACGACGAGAGAUUGUACCAGGCUGGGUUUAUACACAGGCAGUUUGGGGCAAUGCUUCAACCGGGGGUCAACAAGUUCUCUCUGAGGAUGUUUGGGAGUGAAAAGGCGGUGGAACGCGAACAGGAGCGGGUUAAAUCCGCUGGAUUUUGGAUAAUUCACCCUUACAGUGACUUCAGGUUUUACUGGGACCUGACCAUGCUGCUACUGAUGGUGGGUAACCUGAUCAUCAUCCCCGUGGGCAUCACCUUCUUCAAGGAUGAGCACACCCCGCCCUGGAUUGUCUUCAAUGUUGUCUCCGACACUUUCUUCCUCAUGGACCUGGUGCUCAACUUCAGGACGGGCAUCGUCAAAGAGGACAACACGGAGAUAAUCCUGGACCCACAGCAUAUAAAGAUUAAGUACCUGAGGAGCUGGUUUGUGGUGGACUUCAUCUCCUCCAUCCCCGUGGACUACAUCUUCCUUAUCGUGGAGACGCGCAUUGACUCGGACUUCUACAAGACGGCGCGCGCCCUCCGGAUUGUCCGCUUCACCAAAAUCCUCAGCUUGCUGCGACUCCUGCGCCUCUCCAGGCUCAUCCGCUACAUCCACCAGUGGGAGGAGCUUACCCCAUUUACCCUCUCUCUCUCUUCUCUCAUUCAGAAUGAUACAUGGGGACAGCAGUACUCCUACGCCCUUUUCAAAGCCAUGAGCCACAUGUUGUGUAUCGGGUAUGGCAUGUACCCACCGGUGGGCAUGACAGAUGUGUGGCUUACCAUCCUCAGCAUGAUUGUGGGAGCUACCUGCUACGCCAUGUUUGUGGGCCACGCCACUGCGCUAAUCCAAUCUCUAGACUCCUCGCGACGACAGUACCAGGAGAAGUACAAACAGGUGGAACAGUACAUGUCCUUCCACAAGCUGCCAGCCGAUAUGAGGCAGAGGAUCCAUGACUACUAUGAACACCGCUACCAGGGCAAGAUGUUUGAUGAAGAGAGCAUCCUGGGAGAGCUCAACGAGCCACUCCGAGAGGAAAUCAUCAACUUUAACUGUCGAAAGCUGGUGGCUUCCAUGCCUCUGUUUGCCAACGCGGACCCCAACUUUGUGACCUCUAUGCUCACCAAGCUAAGAUUUGAGGUUUUCCAGCCAGGGGAUUACAUCAUCAGGGAGGGCACCAUCGGCAAGAAGAUGUACUUCAUCCAACACGGAGUGGUCAGCGUGCUCACCAAAGGCAAUAAAGAAACGAAGCUCUCUGACGGCUCCUACUUUGGUGAGAUCUGUUUGCUGACUAGGGGCAGAAGGACGGCCAGCGUCCGAGCUGACACAUACUGUCGUCUGUACUCGCUGUCUGUGGACAACUUCAACGAGGUGCUGGAGGAGUACCCAAUGAUGAGGAGGGCCUUUGAAACAGUGGCCUUGGACAGACUGGACCGCAUUGGCAAGAAGAAUUCCAUCCUUCAGCAUAAGGUACAACAUGACCUGAGCUCUGGUGUGCUCAACUACCAGGAGAAUGAGAUCAUCCAGCAGAUCGUGCAACAUGACAGAGAUAUGGCCCACUGUGCACACCUUAUGCAGAAUGCCCCACCUCAGGCACCUCCCUCGCCAACUCCUGUCAUCUGGGCCCCCCUCAUCCAGGCACCUCUCCAGGCAGCGGCAGCCACUACUUCAGUAGCAAUAGCCCUGACCCACCACCCACACCUCCCACCAACACUCUUCAAACCUCCGGUCUCUGUGCUGGGCUCCCUGAAGGAUCCUCCGAGCCGGCUAAAGAAGUUUCAUACGUUUGCUCCAUCAUCCAUGACCCCUGGCUCCACUGGGGACUCUCCCUGUAGUACACCCUCAAAACUGUGCUCUGGGGUGGACAUGCCAUUAUUGGCCUCCUUUCGAGCCCAGCACAUGACCUCAGGGUCAGUGGCGGCUGGUUCCAGCAAGCAGGCCUCAACCAGCAGAGGCCAGCGCAGACCUAGUGUUGCUGGGGCAGGCGCUGGGUCUAGUGGAGCAGGGGCCUCUGCCUUCCCUUUUGGACCAUACUCCUCCUCUGGUUCCCCCUCCUCCAGCACAGCCCAGCUGCACCCACAACCCUCGUCACAGCAUCAGCAGCCUUUUCGCUCUAGCACGCCUCCUCUUUCAAAUCUCUUCCACCAGGGGGCAAUGGGUGGAAGCACUGGGUCAGGGAUAAGUGGAGGGACAGGUGGAAGCUGUGGUGAUGCAUCAGGAUGGUCUUCAGUUGGAGCAGUUGGAGGUUCUGUUGAAGGGGCCACUGGUGGAGCUGUCACAGGAGAUGCUGUUUGGGUUGGAGAGGACUUUACAGCUGGAGCAACAGGAAUGGUCUCCAAGGGUAAUUAUGGAAAACGAGGGUCUACAAGUGGAUUACUUUUAGGGGCUACUGGAGGGUCAUUGGGAGGGGCAGUAGGAGGAGCUACCACAGGCCCUAUGGGAGGAGUAACUGGAGCAGCGGUAGCAGGGGCUACUGGAGGGCCCAUGGGAGGGAUAACUGGAGGGGCAGUAGGAGGGGCUACUGGAGGGCCAAUGGGAAGCGUAACUGGAGGGACAGUAGGAGGGGCUACUGGAGGGCCAAUGGGAGGCAUAACUGGAGGAGCAAUAGGAGGAAAUUCUGCUUUAUCCAAUGUAGGGGCCACUGGUGUUUCAGUGGGAGGGGCUACUGGUAGGCCAUUGGGAGAGACCACAAGGGGGUCAAUUGGAGGAGCUGGGUGUGGAUCAACAGGAGGACAUACUGGUGGGUCAAUGGGAGGGGCUGCUGGUGACCUGACAAGCAGUCAUAUGGGAGGAACUUCUGGUGGGCCAACAGGUAUGGGGAUUGGAGGACAUCUAGUUGGAUCUACAGCAGGGGCUGUGGGAAGCCAUAUGGGAGGUGCUACAGCUGGGUGCAUAGGAGCAGCUUCUGGUGGAAUGACAGCUGGAGUUAUGGGUUCCUCUGGUUGUCACAGUAAUGUAAGUCCUAUAUCUACCGGCUCUUCCAGUCCUAUACCCAGUCAACUACUCCUUAAUCAACCAAUCCCCAAGUCUCCUCAGGUGGGCUCCCUACAACAAUUUGUGGGGGGAAGCAGGACUUCUAGUGGUUUAAACCUUUUCCAUUCCCCAACACAAGGCUCCCCAUCUUCCAAUAGAGGUCACCAGAGCCAGCAGCCUGCUGAGGGCUCUCCGUCUUCUCUUGGCCAAUUCAACCUGGCAGGCUUACAGUCUGGCUUCCUGCCUCACCAGUUGCCCCUGGAAAGGUCUGCCCUGGCUUCCCUGGCCCAAUAUGACUCAGCAAAUGCUUCCCCCUGCCUCACACCACUGGCACCUAGCCCCACAAUCCAGAGUCCGGUGGCAGGCAGGACUUUCCACUAUAGUGAUCCGUCCAGUGCCACAGGAUCCCACAGCUCUCUGCUUAUGCCUCAGUUCUCACUCUUAUCCCAGCUUCCCAGCCAGCCACACACAACGGGAAAAGAUUCUCCACUGGGCCGCUUCUCAGAGGACCUUAAACUAUUGUCUAGCUCCCACCCGUCUCUACCGCAGGAGGUGGCCCAGGCCUUGGGCCAUCCACCACUUCUUUCCUCUGUGGAGACUAGAUACUACCCCUCACCCUUCUCUUCACCCACCCUGGUGUCCAAACCUUGUAGCUCCUUGCCAGGGCAACUGACUCCUCCUAUUCAGAUGUCCCCCGGGCACCUUCAUCAGACUCAAUCCCCCUUGGCCUCCCCGGCCCUUCCUCUGCGGAGGGGCUCAGCUGCAUACUCGCCAGAGCUAGAACCUCAAACUGUCCGCUCUAAACUCCCCUCCAAUUUGUGA